AUGCGCACUGAACUGCACGGCUCGCAACAAGGGUUGCAACAAGAUGGCGAACAGCAUGGCGAGCAGCAGGGAGCACAGCAGGGAGAGCAGCAGGGACUGCAGCAGGAUUUGGAGCAGCAGACCUUCGGACAACAAAUAGGUGGACAGCACGGCUUAGGGCAGCACGGCUUGGGACAGCACGGAGGGGGACAGCAGGGUUUUGGACAGCAAGGAGAACAACAGGGAGGGCAACAGGGGGGACAACAGGGAGGACAACUUCCGCAUCCGCCACACGGACAGCAGCAUCCAGAAGGUGGACAGCAGGGCGGACAGCAUGGUGCACAACAUGGGUUGCAGCAGGACGCCAUACAGCAACUUGGUUUGCAACAGGGAGUACAACAAGGAGAACAGCAAUUAGGAGUGCAACAAAUUUUGACGCAGCAGGGAGGCGGUGGGCAUGAACAAGGUCUACUGCAGAUUGGUUUACAGCACGGAGACUUACAACAAGGGUUAUCGGGCCGCUGUGAUUGCUUCGUAAGCACCGCACCAAGUCGAACCACAACAUCGUGUGGCUACUGGAAGUUAGGGCCUCCCAAAUUUACGGUCACUAAUUCACUGGAACGCACUCUAAUUUAG